AAAUAAAAAAAAAAAAAAACAAAAAAACAAGGACGAGCAAAAAGCCAAAACCAUGGAAGGUACCUGCUAAUUGAAAACUGCUACAAAUUGUUUUUAUUUUGGAAAGGAAAAUAUUUUUGAGGAAUUCUUCCUCCUAAAGCCUUUUGUGUCCCACACAAAGUUCAUCAAAACAACGUGAGUAGAACGUCAACCAUCUUCCUUCCCCUCAUUACAAUCACAACUUCCACAUCCAAAUCGUGUUUGUUGCCGCCUCAAAAUCCAAUUCCUAGGACUACCCAUCUUGUCCUUCACUCUUAUAAUCAAAUCCCCUUCUUAAAAUCUCCAAAGAAGGAAUCAGCGUAAAUGUGUUGACUAAACUGUGAAGGGAGUGCGGGAGGACUGAUAUGGUAUUGAAGAUGGCAUCAGUAUUACCAGGAGUCAAUUCUGGUGCUAUUGCUAACAGUAAUGUUAAUGAAGCGUGGAGAGCCCAUAUGGCAAUGGCCUUGGUUCAGGUCUUCAAUGGAGGCUAUCAUGUGAUUACAAAAGUUGCUCUUAAUGUGGGAGUCAAUCAGAUCGUUUUUUGUGUGUAUAGGGACCUCCUUGCUCUCAGCAUUCUUGCCCCAAUCGCUUAUUUUCGCGAAAAGUUGGUUCCUUUUAUCUAAAUAUCAACGGUUUGUUAGUAGUAGUAUUAAUUUUCAUUGAAAUUGUUGUUGAUAAAUUGUUUCUUUUCCGAAGUUCAAGUUCCUUUUUUGUUUUGUUCCAAAUUAUGAAUAUAAUUGAUAGGAAAUGCAUUGUUGAGGAAAUAAGAGUAGCACCAAAUGUCUGAAAAGAAUCUGUCUGUUUGUUAAUCCAUUGAGUCUUUGUAUAAAUUGAGAAAAACGUAUGCUAGACCCUUGAAACUUUGGGAUGGAAAUCUGCAGGUAUACACACGAAAAGAUACAAGUACGUAAAAAGACAUUGGACCAAAUGAUUACAAAUGAUGUUCAUAUAUGCUACUGGGUAAUCUGUACUGAAGCCAAGAUAAAUAGUUUUAGAUGUUAAAUGAGUACGUUUUGAUUAAGAAUCUUCAAUAUGUGUUUCCUGUAGAAAUAGCUUAGCUUAGGUUUAUGGUAAGUCAGUAUUCAGACAACUUAGAUCUAUAAGUAGAAGAGAAGCGGAAGGUUUUGAGAGUCGCUGAUCAUUCCAAACCUGGCAAUGUUUCUGGACAGUUUCAGUUGAGUCUGGGGUAGGUAUUUCUCAAAGUGUCUGUGUAUGAUUUUGACCUGAUUAGAGCAGGAAGGUGCUCACUGGAACUUUGGUCCUUUUUGUUGACAAAUUUCAUUUUCUAGCUUGAUAGACAUUUUAACAGCUAAACUAUAGUUUGCCUCUACUUUCAAUAAGCUUGAAAAUUUUUCUACUCAUUGUCUGUCGGUUUAUUAUUUUAAAAAAUUUCUUUGUUUCGUGCAUUGUAUGUUUAUCAUGUUUCUGUUCUCGACAUAUCUGUAAAAGAUCCGAGCUUAAUUAGUUCUUCUUUGUAAGACUUGAUGAAACUUGAAAUCAAAUUACUGGAUAAGAUAUAUGCCAAUAGGUGACAAUUGGUACUGAUGAGGAAGCUGUAUACGUAACUUCAGACAAAAAUAUGUUUCAUCAUCCGUAUUUAAAGUAAACAAAAUGUUGAGGCAUACGUUUCUACCUUGGACUGAUUGUUUAUAGUGUUUUGUUUCAAUGGAUUUUCUAUCUUCAUUUUUUGUGGCAUUGACAUGCUGAAGCAAAAGACAAACAAUCCAAUUUUCGUUGACAAUGCAUUUAUAACUGACAACUUUCUUUUAAUUCUGUCACAAACUGGGGUGUUCAUGUGUAGUAUUCUGAUUUCAAGUUUUGAUACUAUUUAUUUCCAUGCUGCAUUGUAGAAGGAUUAGACCUCCUUUGAACAGACGGCUUCUCUUGUCAUUCUUCUUUCUUGGAUUAACUGGGAUUUUUGGAAAUCAACUUCUGUUUCUUAUUGGCCUCGGAUACACUAAUCCAUCAUAUGCUGCUGCUAUUCAGCCUGCCAUUCCAGUUUUUACAUUCAUAUUAGCUGUUUUGAUGGGUACAGAAACGGUGAAUUUGCUUAAAACCGAGGGUCAAGCUAAGCUGGGUGGUACUAUUGUAUGUGUUUCCGGUGCAGUUUUAAUGGCUAUGUUCCGAGGCCCUGCUGUGUUUGGGCAGCCAGAUUCAGACUUGUUAUCGCAUAAUGAAAUUAUUGCAAAAGGUCAGCCCGAGCCUAGUGGAUGGCUGAUGUCCAGUUUUAUGGACUACGGGCUUGAUCAUUGGCAUUUGGGUGUCCUGUGCUUAAUAGGAAACUGUAUGUGCAUGGCAGCUUUCCUGGCCAUUCAGGCUCCAGUUUUGGCAAAAUAUCCUGCAAGCAUAUCAGUGACAGCAUAUUCAUAUUCUUUUGGGGCGUUGUUUAUGGUUUUGACUGCGUGUGUAACAACGGGUCAAUCGGCUGAUUGGAAUUUAACUCUAUCUGAGUCUUUUGCAGUAUUGUAUGCUGGAAUUAUUGCAUCUGCUGUCAACUAUGGACUUUUGACAUGGUCUAACAAAGUUAUUGGUCCUUCUUUGGUUGCCCUUUAUAACCCACUUCAGCCAGCUCUUUCAGCAUUUCUCUCAAGAAUUUUCCUCGGAAGUCCUAUAUAUCUGGGAAGCAUUCUGGGAGGAUUUCUCAUCAUCGCAGGGCUUUAUUUGGUCACUUGGGCUUCCUACAAAGAAAAAUAUGGAAUGGUUGGUGUUAUCCCUCAUUCUUCCCGACAGGCCGAGCCUCUCAUACCUCGAGACUCAUCUCUAAACAAGAUUCCCUACCAGAUAGGUAGCAUUUUCUCUGGACCUUCCACCUCGAUACAAAAGAUUGUUGACUAAUCGACAUGCAGGAUACAUUAGUGAGUCAUACAGAAUGUAUUAGACUUUUUUCUUAAAUAUUUUUUUACCCAUCUCAUAAAUUCUGGUAUCAAAGUCUAUACAAAUUUUUCUUAUGAAACCUUGAUCAUAGACUUCCACGUGAAUUACAGUAUAAGGCUUGUCCUUUCUCAAUACAUAUGAUUCCUUUAUUCGGAAUUUUACAUUGACGGUAUUACAUUCUACUUGAAAGACAUUGCUUAGUUGUAUAGAUAUGGACAUAUGGAGAAGAAUCCAUCUUUACCAACUUCUUAGAAAAUUAGGUUCUGAUGAGUUGUUUUUUUGCUUAUUUUGAUAGGCAUAGAAAGUUUUCGUAAUCCCGCUGCCAGGCCCUCCUUGGAGAUAGGAUUACACAAACUCUGAAUGAGUCUAUCCUCAUAAUCACAUUGAUUGCUUUCUGAUUCUCAGUUACAAAGUUUUCGAUUUCGCAGCCAUUUGGUUGAAGUGGAGUAGUUACAGGUUGAUCACAGAUCCAUUUUACUUGGCCAUAUAUAUAUAUAUAUAUAUAUAUAUAUAUAUAUAUAUAUAUAUCUGGCAUCAACUCCAGUUACUACAGUGUUCUCUGCUGCAACAUGCAAGAUCCUCCAUUGAUUUAGUAGACAUUAGUGGUACACUGUUAGUGAACGAAUUGAAUUGUUUGGGAGUAGGUAAACGUUCGACCCAGGUUUCAUUGAUGCCAAACUUGAAAACUGGUCAUACGAGAGAUUAAAUAAAAUAAAUGUAAUUGUGGAAAAAUGUAACAUACAUCAAGUUCAAUAUAUUCCCUCUGUUCCAAAAUUAUUGUCCAGUUCAAGAUUUCACUUUUAGUACAAUUUUAACUAGAAAUGAAAACUCAAACCAGAUAAUAAUUAUGGGACGGAGGGAGUAACUCUGAACUCAGUUGCAAAACAACUAGGAGCCCAAUUGAGGUCAAAGUUGAUCACACACAAAAAAAAAUCACCCUGGAGUUGAUGGAAUGGCAGUUGGUCCGCGACUAUGAGAGAUUCGAAUUGACUACGUCAUUUUUUAUGAUCGUUGAAUUAUAGUUUUGUUUUGUUAAACUGUUGUUUGAGCUCUAAUUUAAACACCCUAAUCCUUAUACAACUCAAUAAGAGUUCCCCAACUGGUCAGUUACACCAUUCGUUUCUGCAUCACACGCA